AUGGCCACAUCCAAUCUCCCCACCACCAUCAAGGCUGUUUACCAGCAAGAUCCCAAGCUUACAACCUUGAAACUUUUACAAACUCCCAUUCCCAAAGCUACUGGUCAAGAUGAGCACCUCGUCAAGAUCAAGGCUACAGCACCAUGCCUUGGUGAAUUAGGCUGGGAGGUCAACUUCCCUAGUCUCUUUCCCCCAAACCGAGAGCGUGUCCCCGGAACUGAAGGCGCUGGUAUCAUCGCUACUUCGCCACCCUCCAGCUCUUUCAAGCCUGGAGACGAGGUAUACUUUCGCCUCCAUGCUAGGUAUCCAGGAUGUUUGCGAGAGUACACGAUUGUUCAUACAGAGGAACUGGCAUUGAAGCCAAAGACGCUGGACUGGAUUGAAGCAACCGCAACCCCAUUGAGCACCUUGACUGCGUGGCAAGGACUCUUUACUCAAGGAAUUUUGAAUAAGAAGGGGAUUAACGGUGAUGCAGACGCAAGAGCCCAUAACAGCAAAUUGAGGGUUCUCAUCACAGGUGCAAGUGGCAGCGUAGGUACUUGGGCAGUUCAUUUUGCUGCAGCCGCUGGCGCUGGCGCUGUAGUUGCGCAGUGCGGUAGUGCCGGCAUUGAGGCAGCCAGAAAGGCCGGAGCCACAGAGAUUAUCGACUACAAGAAACAAUCUGUCGCAAAUUGGGCUCAGGAAGACGCCUCUCGUGAGGUGGACUUGGCCUUCGAUUGCGUUGGUGGAUCAACUCUGGCGGCAUGCUGGUCCGCUGUGAAGAAGAAUGGCGUCUUGUUGAGUGUUGUCGGCAACCCGGCCGAGUUGAAACCCGAGUCUGUUAUAAAGGAUUUGGCGAAGAGCACUUGGUUCCUUAUGGAUUGCAAGGGCGAUGAUCUAAAGGAGAUUGCCGAUUUUAUUGAUGAGCGUGGGUUGAAGCCACAGAUUGACAGCGUGGUUGAGUUUGAGGACUUUCAGGCAGCCUAUGACAAGGUUGAGCAAAAGAAGGCAAAGGGAAAGGUAGUUAUCAAGGUUGAUAUCUAA